CUUCUGAGACACCGGAGCUUAUUAGUUGCCGAAGUAGUUCGCUUGGAGGCGUUCUGUGUCUUCGAGGUAGUUUGGUGGCAACAUCAUGUAGUUUAUCACACAAACUAAAAAUUGAGGCGAUCGUGUUUAACCUUUGUCUUCGUUUAGCUGGAUUUUCGACUGUGAUUUUUUAAACACAUACCUUUGUCAUGUUUCUACGCGGGUCAAAACAGCGACGAUCCAACUACUCGCAGGAGGAAGAGGAUCCAGACAGAGGGCAACCCUGCAUGCGCUGUGGAGACCAGUGCCCCGGCUUCCGCGUCCACGGAUGGAGGAAGAUCUGCGUGCACUGCAAGUGCGUGCGAGAGGAGCACGUCGUCCGCUCAAUGCCGGGCCAGCUGGAGAAGAUGAUGACAAAGCUGGUGUCAGACUUCCAGAGGCACUCCAUCUCAGACGACGACUCGGGCUGCGCCUCUGAGGAAUACGCCUGGGUUCCGCCUGGCCUCAAGCCUGAGCAGGUUUACCAGUAUUUUAGCAGCUUACCAGAGGACAGAGUGCCCUUUGUGAACAGUGUGGGAGAACGACACCGAAUCAAACAGUUGCUGCACCAACUUCCUGCUCAUGACAGUGAGCCGCACUACUGCAGCUCACUAAGCGAGGAGGAGAAGAAGGAGUUGCGUUUGUUCAGCCAGCAGAGGAAACGAGACAACGUGGGCCGAGGCGUUGUCGGACUCUUCCCCGUCACCAUGACUGGAGCCGUCUGCAAGCAGUGUGACAGAAAGAUCAAUGGCGGCGAUAUUGCCGUGUUCGCCAGUCGGGCGGGAAAGGGCACUUGUUGGCACCCUCGGUGUUUUCAGUGCGCCUGCUGCAACGAGCUGCUGGUCGACCUCAUCUACUUCUACCACGACGAACGCAUCUACUGCGGCCGCCAUCACGCUGAGAGGCUCAAACCUCGAUGUCAAGCCUGUGAUGAGAUCAUUUUUGCAGACGAAUGCACAGAGGCGGAAGGAAGGUUCUGGCACAUGAAGCACUUCAGCUGUUUUGAGUGCGAGGCAGCACUGGGCGGUCAGCGUUACAUCAUGCGAGAGUGCCGGCCAUACUGCUCCUCCUGCUAUGAGUCCCUCUAUGCAGAGUACUGUGACACCUGCGGAGAACAAAUAGGCAUCGGCCAGAGCCAGAUGACAUACGAGGGUCAACGCUGGCACGCGGUGGAGUUUUGUUUCUGUUGCGCCCGUUGCCGCCUACCUCUGCUGGGUCGCCCCUUCCUGCCCCGACGGGGGCUCAUCUUCUGUUCCAGGGCCUGUUCGCUCGGAGAGGACCCCGAUAACUCGGACUCUUGCGACUCGGCCCUCCAGAGCCGACCUCCGCAGCACAGAAACUGUGGGCCGGCCCGGCGGCACCAGCAACUGCACUGCGGCUCUCCAUUACAACCAAUAGAGGGCGUCAACCCCUGCAUGAGUCGUGUCAAUUGCUCGACUCCAGUUGAAAAUGGAGUUCCUUCUGCUGGUGGCUUUUGCCAUCCAAGAGGUUCCUAUUCCCCUCUUCCCCACAUCCAUCAAGGGAAUGGCCUCGGGCCCUCGUGGCCCCACAACCUUCCACAUUACACUCUGCUGUCGGAUGACGGCGGGAUGAAACCACCUGCUGAUGGCCUUUUAAAUGGACAUUCUGGACAUCCUCCCACAACUUUGUGUUCAAGAGGAACCUCGACCGGCCAAGACUGCAGGAACUGGGUGGAAAAGACCAAUCAAGUCAUGAAAGACUCUGUCCAGACAAUUACGACAUCACACUCCGACACGUCUCCCGAACCACCUCCGCUUCCUGUCAAGUACCGAGACAUCUUACUGCAGGAUUCAUCCCCUUCAAACGCCCCCCAGCCAGAAGACAGAUCCCCCAACUCGCCACCCCCGCUGUCUCGAAGUGGGACGGCGAGGGUCAGUUUCAGAGAACCAAUCAGCAGCAGCUACUCGGUCGAGGAGGAAGAGGAGCACGAAGAAGAGUUGCAAACAAAUGACGACAGCUGUCAGGAGGAAGAAGAGGUGGAAGGAGGCUUCAGAAGCAAGAUGCCUCUGCACCAAGGAAUCCCACCACAGAUGGAUUCUCUGGACGGGUCCCCUUACCAGCAACGCAGUCUGCGGCGGGGUUGGAGUCGUCGGCGCGUUUCAUCCGACCACCCCUGCGUGUCCACGAGCUCAGCCGGUCACUCGCGGGUCGAACGCCCUCAACUGGACACUGCGGAGGGUCGAGGGGGGAGAGGAAGCGAAGCCUCUUCGCUGGUCCUGCGGUCCAUCCGGCGCAGGCACGAAGAUUCGUGUUCCACGUGCUCGUCUUCAUCAGACUCUGAGCAGGAGGGCUUCUUCCUGGGGCAGCCCAUUCCUCUGCCGCCACAGCUGCGAAAAACUCAAGGUGAAAAAGACGAGGAGAAAAGAGAAGAAGAAGAGCCGCCUCGAUGGGGACUGAGGGACAGUUUCAGGCGCAGACGUGCUCACAGUCUCGGUGCUAAAGACAAAGAUAAAAAUUGCUCAGUAUCUUGACCCAAACAUCAAAAUGCACGACCUCCUCGCACUUCUGAGGUUCAGCGUUCGAAUCUGCGUGGAGUUUGAAUGUUAGCCUGACUACUCCAAAAAAAAAAAAAAAAGCCAUGCAAGCAGUCUUCAGAAAAGGCAUCUACAGCUUUUUUGGGGGGGGAAAUCUGUUUCUCUGAUUUUACUAUGAAAGGUAUACUGUAUGUUUGUGUAAAAUACGCAUUUUUGCAUUAAAUUACUGACAUAAACGGCCAAUUCCACACGCAAA